CGCGCGCGUGUUGGUAAACAUUGCUGAAAGAAGAAACGCGUUUCUCGCAGUAAAAUUUCGCAAAACGUUCCGAUUGGGACAACAAAAUCCAAAAGUUGGUGUUUGUUCCGGCCAAAGGCUGCUGGACCCGCCAAUUCGCAACAGUGCAUGCAGGAUGUUCCACAUAAUCAAAACUGGCCAGCAGAAGAACGAGGUUCACUACGUGGAUUUUGGCUCGAAGAACGGCGGAGGAGGAACCAUUUCGCCCCCGCCGCUGCUGAUGCGACCAAAUGGACCGUUUGGGGGCGCGGCCGCCGUCAGCAAGCGCCACUUUGUCAAGGUGAACGAGGAGAUGUUUGUGCGGGAGGUUCGCAAGCGGCCGAUUCUGUACAACACGACGCUGAAGGAUUACAAGCGGUUCAGUACGCGGCACGAGGCUUGGGCCGAGGUGGCCGUUGCGAUGCGGCUGUCGGAGCAGGAGUGCAAGAAGCGGUGGCGGAGUAUGCGGGAUGCGUUUAUGAAGGUGGUUCGGAACAGGAAUGAGGAGGAGCGGAAGAGUUGGAUCCACUAUCGGUUGUUGGAGUUUUUGCUGCCUUAUAUUGAGGGAGCUGUGGGGAGGAAGGGCGCGAAACGGUUGCGAUCGACAGAAUCGACUACGUCGCAAACGGUGGAUUAUAUCGAUGGGUACGUUGGGGAGGAUGAGGACACCGAGUAUGUGGAGCUGGAUGAGGACAUGGAGAUUUACGAGGGAAGUGGCCGGGAUCAAAUUACGGUGUCGUACGUGACCGAGGACGGCAAGGAAGUGUUUCAAAUGCUGCAAGACCCGGACACCAUCCCGGAAGGCGCUGUGAUAGGAAUCGAGGAAAGCGAAGUGGAGGACGAAAUCGACGAGGACGAGCACGAGCUGCUAAAUCUGGACAGUACCUGCGUACAGCAACAGCUUGGUGACCAACUUGUGAUGCCUCAUCAACUGCAAGAACACGACGAUAACUUCAUCUACGAAGACCGGAUAAACUCUGCCAUGCUGGACAUUCAAUCCUCGUACGAACCCGUCCCCGGUGAAUCCUUGGUCGAGCAAAUGAAACGGGAAGCGCUCUCCGACGGGGAAGGUUCCGAAAUUCAAGUCGAGGAAAUUGACAUGGAUCUGCUGCUUUCUUCAAAUCAUCAACCAGACAACAGCAUCUGUCCCCCAACGCCCCAGCAUCAACCAGAACCAAUAAUCGAAACAAUUCCACCUCCAAAUUUCGACCUCAGUCAACUCGAGAACCCAGAACCAGUCCAACCUCAGCUUCCGCCCGCAGUCAUCCCGCCGACCCCACCGGAAACGGUAACCUCAACCGGUCAGUCCACCCCACAACGAGUGGCGACACCUCAGCGAACGCAAACACCAGCCCCGGCGCCACCACCAGUGGCAGUGGCCGUAACGACACGAGAACCCCCCGACAGCAGCAGAUCGUCGUCGUCCUCUGGCUGUGCCGGCGAAUCCGACGAGCGGUUUUUGCUGUCCUGUGUGCCGAUCCUGCAGCGGCUGCCCAACAAGAAGAACCAGCUGGCGCGGCUUAAAAUUCAGCAGCUGCUGUUUGAGCUGGAGUACGACGAAAAGUACAGCAGCUAGGGAGCGGAGGAUUUGGGACGGGCGUGUUGGCAUUUAUUGCGCAAAAUUAGCUGUAAAUAACUGUAGGAAUUUAAUAAAAUUUUAAAUGUUUUUUA